GAGCUAAUUCAGUUCGUACCCGUAGUGCAAUACGGACUUUAGCGAUCUGUUCUCUCGUCAAUUUUGAUUGGUCAAAACAAAAGUUUAUUGCAACCGCCAGUACCGGCCAAUUUGAAAUGGUAAACAUAACCUUGCAAAACUUUGACCUACCUACCAAAAACGUAUACGAUUAUUGAGCAUACACGUUAAUCUAAGCAUAAGAAAAAGAAAUCGGAAUAUCUAAGCUGAAGAUACAUUAAAAAUGAAUAAAAAACAUCCAGAAUUACAUGGUGAGAAUGUGAAUAAUACGAUGCUCGAGUACAACAUGGAAAAAAGUUUUGACGGUCAGGAUGAUAAUAAAAAGCUGAAGUAUCAGAUUGAAGACUAUCGGCAACAAUUACAUGUUCUACAGCUCAAACUCGAAGCUUGCCAAACGAUUGGGGAAGAACUUCAACGUGUCAAUGAAGAAUUGGAAGAAUCGCUUGCGCAAUGCAAACAAGAAACAGAGAAAAUUCUUCUCAAAAAAGAAAAAGGAUAUCGAGUAGAAAAAGAAGAAUAUGAAAAACAGAUUGCAGAUUUACAAACAAACAUUGUAGAAAACAAGCAAGAAAUUCUUGAGCUGACUAAAGAACUAAAAAAACACAAAGAUCUUAUGGCUGAACGAUCAUAUAAUCAUUUUACUCCUUCAGAAGAUGCUUUAUCACCAUACAAAGAACAAAUUGCAGAACUUGCUGUGCUUCUUGAAAAAGAAGAAGAAAAAGAACAGCAAUUGGAGGAAAAACUAGCAAAUAUGGAAACUCAUUGUCAAGAGCUCAAAAAUAUUUUGGAGAUAACAAAAGAACAAUUGGCAGAAAAGAAUGAAGCAUUAGAGAGAACACGAGAGGAAUUAGCUGAGAAACGCAUGGAAUUGGAAUUGUUACAAAUUACUCCAGCUAGUGAUACAUGUAAAGGCAAUUCUUUGUUUGCCGAGGUUGAAGAUCGUCGGAAAUUGUUGUUGGAUCAAUUGAAAGCACUUCAGAGCAAGAACAUUGAUAUAAAACGAGCGCUAAAUACAAAAAUAAACGAAGUCAAAUUGCUAAGAGCAGAAAAAAAUGCUAUGAUUAGAAAAUGGGAAACUGAUGCAAUCGAUACACUCCAGGAAAAAUCAGAUCUAUUGAAUAAUUAUAAAAGUAGAAUCGCCGAUCUUGAGAAUAAAUUAAAAGCUGAAAGAAAGAAAACCAAUCAAGAGAUAGAAAUAUCAUCGACAGAUGAUAGCUUUAAUUACGCUCAGUCGUUAUUAGUCGCAAAGAAAAAAGAUCUUGAACAGUUGAACAAAAUGGUUGAGAAACAGGCUAUGCAGAUGUUAGCGCAGGAAGAAGCAAACCAUCAUAUUUCGAUACAGCUUCGAUAUUGGCGAUCUAAAGCGAUGUCCUUAGAGGCUCAACUCAUGACUAUAAAGACGCAACUAAAAACAGAUGAUAAGACAGAUAAUAAAAUGCUGCUGGAAGCUAUUGAAAAUUGUACAAUUUCUAGUAACACAGAUUUUGAAAAGUUGUGCGGUGAUUUCGAAUCAACAGUACCUGAUACUCAGCUCACAUCGAACAAUAAUGUACCUCAUCAAAAUCCAUCGAAUACAUCAGAAAAAUCAUUUGUAGAUGCAUGUGUGGAUGAACAGCAGAAAGAAAUUGGUGAAAAAGUCGUACGGUUCGCCGUGGAUACUAAAGAUACAGAGAAAAAACCUUUGAAAAAACAACCAAAAACACAAGAUUAUGCUGUUAUAACAAUCACGAAUGAUUUCUGA